UGAGAGGAUGUGAAGAUGGCGGAGCUGCAGAUGCUGCUGGAGGAGGAGAUCCCGGGGGGGCGCCGGGCCCUGUUCGACAGCUACACGAACCUGGAGCGGGUGGCCGAGUACUGCGAGACCAACUACAUCCAGUCAGCAGAUAAGCAGCGAGCCCUGGAAGAGACCAAAGCCUACACAACGCAGUCGUUAGCAAGCGUAGCCUAUCUGAUCAACACUUUGGCCAACAAUGUUCUCCAGAUGCUGGAUAUCCAGGCAUCCCAGCUUCGGCGCAUGGAAUCUUCAAUCAACCAUAUUUCACAAACGGUGGACAUUCACAAAGAGAAAGUUGCUAGAAGAGAAAUUGGUAUCUUGACUACAAACAAAAACACCUCAAGAACUCACAAAAUCAUUGCACCAGCUAACUUGGAGCGACCAGUUCGCUACAUCAGGAAACCUAUUGAUUAUACAAUUCUAGAUGAUAUUGGACAUGGAGUGAAGGUCAGCACCCAGAACAUGAAGAUGGGUGGGCUGCCUCGCACAACACCACCCACCCAGAAGCCACCAAGUCCACCGAUGUCAGGAAAAGGAACUAUUGGGCGGCACUCCCCGUACCGCACGCUGGAGCCGGUGCGGCCCCCGGUGGUGCCCAACGAUUACGUGCCCAGCCCGACGCGCACCAUGGCCCCGGCCCAGCAGAGCCCCGUCAGAACGGCCUCGGUCAAUCAGCGCAACCGCACAUACAGCAGCAGUGGCAGUAGUGGAGGAAGCCACCCAAGUAGUCGGAGCAGCAGUCGAGAGAACAGUGGAAGUGGAAGUGUCGGUGUUCCCAUUGCUGUUCCCACACCAUCUCCUCCUAGUGUCUAUCCAGCCCCUGCUGGCUCAGCUGGCACUUCUCCCCUUCCUGCUACCUCUGCUCCUGCCCCCACUCCUCCUGCUCCUCCUGCCCCUUCCUCUGCUGCCCCAGAUGCUGCUGCUGCUGCAGGAGCUCAGCCCCUUGCUGAUGGCUUCACCUCUCCAACUCCCCCUGCUGUUUCUUCCACACCCUCUGCAGGUCACCCAGUUCAGUUCUACAGCAUGAACAGGCCAGCAGCUCGGCACACGCCCCCCACCAUCGGGGGGUCUUUGCCCUAUCGGCGGCCUCCUUCCAUCACAUCACAGACGAGCCUUCAGAACCAGAUGAACGGGGGCCCCUUCUACAACCAGAACCCAGCAUCCCUUGCUCCUCCUCCCCCCUCCAUCCUACAGGUAACUCCACAGUUACCACUAAUGGGAUUUGUGGCCAGAGUUCAAGAAAACAUUUCAGAUACUCCUCCCCCACCACCGCCUGUGGACGAGGCAGUGUUCGACGAGUCUCCACCUCCACCCCCACCUCCAGAGGAUUAUGAGGAAGAGGAAGCAGCUGUGGUGGAGUACAGUGAUCCCUAUGCUGAGGAGGACCCUCCCUGGGCACCUAGGACAUACUUAGAAAAGGUGGUGGCAAUCUAUGACUACACCAAGGAUAAGGAAGAUGAGCUCUCAUUUCAGGAAGGUGCCAUCAUUUACGUCAUCAAGAAAAAUGAUGAUGGCUGGUAUGAGGGAGUCAUGAACGGAGUGACGGGGCUGUUCCCAGGGAACUAUGUGGAGUCCAUCAUGCAUUACUCUGAGUGAAGACAGAGGACACAACACUGCAUCUCCUGCUGCAGGAGCUGUCAGGGCUUCCCAGAUCUCCACCAGCCUCUGCGGCCCCAUCCAGUAUAACUGAAUGAAGGAUAAUUGUAACAACCACUCUUUUGGGUUUGGUUUGGUUUUUUUUUCCUUUUCCCCCUCAUGAUAAGACAAUAGUGAUUUGAGUUGUUUGGACAAAUGGCUCUUCAGCUGUCAGCAGAGGCUAUCCUGAGCUAUCAGACUUUGAAUUAAGCUGACCCAUUCAGAUGUAACAAACUUGUUGAUUAGCUCAUACUUCACUCAAAUUCUGACUUCUGACAGGUCUUGGGAUCUGUCUUAGGAAUCCUGUGUGCCCUCAUGGUACUAUCGUUGGAAGCAGUUCCUGGCACUGGGGAUGUCCUGGAUGCUUGUGGUGAAGGUUACGGGCCAGUGGACAUCCCUCCUGUUUCUACACUACACUCCUGUGCAGCUGGAAGAACAGUGAUGUGCUAGCAAACACUGGGAUUUCUGCACAGAGACUUUCCUGUAACUGACUUCAGAUAGCUGGAUGCAUCUUCAGCAUAAACACUUCUGCAGCUGCUCUGCACACGUAGGCUGACACAGGGCACACAGAGCCCACUUUCAUUCACUCACCUUUCAGUUUAGACAAUUCAGAUGGCUGCAGCCCAGAGGACUCCCACCCCCAUUUCUCAUCUUCUGAAUGCCACAUAUUUGUUUUGUGUUCUGCACUGAUGUAACUGUGCUCCUCUCCACAGCGAGCUCCUUGCCACGGUUGCUGCCGGUUCAAACAGAACUCACAGAUGCCGUUGAUGGUGAAGGCGAAACAAAGUUUACAGGUCCUCCUGGGGUCUGAGGAUUAACUCUAGGGGGUGUGAUCUACGGUUCAAAUUCACUCAUACCUGCUUGCACUAGAGAAAUUUGCCCCCAGCUUUAGUUUUAUGCACAAUAUAAUCUUAAAAAUCCAA